AUGAGGAUAUGUAGUUGGAAUAGCCGGGGAAGUUCCUGGCCGGGUUUUCUUGCUCAAACUCAGUUUUACAUCACUGGUUUGAGUCUAGACAUUUUGUGUAUCCUGGACACUAGGAUCUCAGAUGAAAAUCAAGCUAAGAAAAUUGCUUCUUAUUUUGCUUGCUACUUUGAUCACUCUAGCUUUGUGUUAUCUAAUGGCCAAUCUGGUGGUAUCCUCAUUUUAUGGAAUUCCUCUACUGUGAAUUUAGAAGUGAUUACUUCACAUGCUAGAUUUAUUCAUUGUCAAGUUACUGAUCUUGCUAAUGAUAAAACUUGGAUCACUACCUUUAUUUACGCCUAUCCUCAUAAACCUUUACAGAGUAAUAUGUGGAAUGAUCUUAAGAACAUUCAUGCGCAUAGUAAUUUCCCAAGACUUUUGAUUGGAGAUUUUAACAAUGUCAUUGCUUCUGAAGAGAAAAUUGGUGGGAAUUCCCCUUGGAAUGUUUAUAUGCAGAACUUUAUUAGAUUUUUGAAUGAUAUUCAAGUUACUUCCUUGAAGGCUGAAGAAUUGAUUCGGAUCCUAUUAAGAAUUUUGUUGCUAUUACUGGUGCCUUUGGUCACCAACUUAAUCUUUGGAACAGACAUGUUUUUGGAGAAGGUGUUUCAACUCAAUAAUGAUUUAUUAGAGGUUCAAAGAAAUGAAGAGAUUUUUUGGGCUCAACGAGCUAAAGCUAACUGGCUAGCUCUUGGUGACAAGAAUACUAGAUUUUUCCAAACUAAAGCUACUAUAAGGAAGAAAACAAAUAAGAUUAGUAAAAUCAAGAAUGAUGCAGGAUUUUGGCUUGAGAACCAUAACAAUAUUGUUGAUCUCUUUGUGCAGGAUUUUCAGAAAAGAUACAAGGUUAUUAACCAAGCUUCUGCAGAGGAUAUCUUUAACUUUGUCAAUAUUAUAGAACCAAUUAUUACAGAGGAAGAUAACAAUAGAUUAUUAAAAGAAGUUUCUCAAGAUGAAAUUCUGAAUGCAGUUAAUUCUAUUGGUGCCCUGAAGGCCCCGGGACCUGAUGGCAUUCACACCAUAUUCUACCAGAAACAUUGGGAAGUAGUCAAGGGAAGUCUCUCUUCUCUUGUUUGUGAUUUCUUUUUGAACAAGUCUUCUUUAAACUUGCUGAAUCAUACUAAUAUUGCCUUAAUCCCUAAAGUUGAAAAACCUAACCUAGUAUCUCGUUACAGACCAAUAAGCCUUUGCAAUGUGGCUUACAAGGUGAUUUCGAAAAUUAUAGUUACUAGAUUGAGGAAGAUCUUAGAUAAAUGUAUUUCGAAAAACCAGGGGGCCUUUGCUCCUGGAAGAUCUAUACUGGAUAAUAUAUUAGUGGCCCAUGAGAUGUUCUCAAAUUUUAACAAAACCAAAGCGAAUGAUGGAGCAAUGGCUGUUAAGCUUGAUCUUGAAAAAGCUUAG